AUGUCAAACUCCUCUGUAUGUUGUGUGUUUGAGCCACCUAUUUUAAUAAAUGUCCUACCCCCUAUACUUAUCAUUGAGUUCAUUUUUGGCCUCACAGGGAACAUUUUGGCCCUCAUUAUGUUUGCUCUUGAUGCGGAGCGCUCGAAGCCAAACUCCGUCUACCUGGCAAACCUGGCUGUGGCUGACUCUGUGCUUCUCUUCUUCAUGCCAUUUAGAGCAGACUACUACAUCAGAAGCCAGGACUGGAUCUUCGGAGACGCCUUCUGCCGCAUCCUGCUCUUCGGUGUGGCAGCCAACAGGGCAGCUAGCAUCUUCUUCCUCACUGCCGUAGCUGUGGACCGCUACCUGAAGAUUGUGCACCCAUUACACCGCAUAAAUCGGAUGAAUCUGAGCUACGCCAUAUGGGUCUCUGCAGGUCUCUGGGUUAUGGUUAUACUUUUGACAGGUCAGUUAUUGGGCUCACCGCACUUUUUUAAGUUCGGCAAUCACACCCAGUGUGAGAGCUUCAACAUAUGCUUGGAUAACAAUCCACUAUCAAUCUGGAGCAAUGCCUUCUAUGUGAUCCAGUUCUGCGUGCCAGGCAGCAUCAUCAUCUUCUGCACAGCCUGCAUUACAUGGCAGCUGAAAACCAAGACCAUGGACACCACAGGCAAGGUCAAGAGGGCAGUCCAGUUCGUUUCAGUCGUUGCCAUGGUCUUCAUCAUCUGCUUCUUGCCAAGCACUGCUUCACGGGUUGCUGUUUGGGUCCUGAAGAUCUGGUACAGCGAGUGUUCACACUACAAUAAUGCAAAUGUGUUUUUUUAUUUUUCACUCUGCUUCACUUAUUUAAAUAGUGUUCUUAACCCUCUGGUUUACUACUUUUCCACUCCUGCAUUCAGUGGUACCAUACAGAAAUUUGUCAGGAGACUUACAGGGCAGAAAGAAGAAGUGGUGUCAGGGAACAGGAGUGUGGCUUCAGUAACAAGUGGUUAAAAUCUACUCAAGAAAAAUAUGUGAAAAAUGCAGUUAAUUCAGAGGUGCACUUUGUUAUAGUUUAAUUCAAACUGAUCGUUCAGUUGGCUUGAGAUAUACUAUAUAUUUUGUAUCAUUUUUGUUAGAAACACCUAGAGCAAACAAAUGAUAGAAAUAACAACUCUGUAAAACUCUAUAUACUAUAAAGCAAUUAUAAUCUAUUUAAGCAUUAUUUGACAUUUGAACACAUACUGAUUGCUAAAAGCCACCACAUUUAGUCCUCCAUCUGCUCUAUUUUUUUAGUACACCCAACUGGGCACAUAGGUCUGAUCCGCUGUAUAUAUUGUUGACCAAAGUUGAAUAAUUGAUUUUGCUUACAGUUUGUAUAUCCUUAGAAAUGUUAGUAACAAUAAGACAUAUCACAUUUAACUGAAAUAUGGAGACAAACUGUCUAUUGUCAUACAUUUAUAUACUUAAAGAAUGCAAAGUGUAAAAAUCAG